AUGGAAGCCCUGGUUUAUGAGAACUCGCCGUUGGCGGAAUAUCUGAGAGGGGAAGGUGAACACGAUCCAGACUGGCCGGUCCAGGAAACAAAGAGCGAGGAUGAUCCCUUCGACUCACCAACUUCAGACUUUGCCCCGCGGGGCACUUCAAAAUUCCAAGAGCGCAUCCGAAACAAGCUACCCAAACCCCUGGAACUGAAAUCCUCGCGACAGAGGGCAGUUUUGGGUAAACUCUACGAUGCCUGUGCAACCGCCCUGAACUCGCGAGUCGGACGAAGCGACAAUGAAAGAUUCCUAGAGCAGUUUGGAUACGUUAUCGUCGCAUCGCAGUUGUUGAAUGAACACAGUGCACCCUCGUAUACGUCAGCCGCAGACGUACUAUCCAACUCGAACCCCGUCGACCUUCCUUCGCUUUCCACAACCUUUGGCGUGCAGGGUGCCGUUGUCACAGCAUCGACGUCCUUCUCGAUCGCCUGGCUGGUACACUGGAGUCGAUCUCGGACGGGGUCCGGAUUCAACCCUCGGAAAGUCGGUGUACUUCUGGUCCUUGUCCCAGUGCUUGGGGUCCUGUUCUAUGCUUUUGCCAGACGCCAGUGGCUCAAGUACCUGCGGCAUCAGGCUGUUGAUGCGGCUGUGGUAUUCAUAAGCAAUGCGCAGUCAUUCGAUUCCGCUGCUUCGGCAUCAGUCGUUUUCAUACAGGAGGUCGAGCUGGUCUCACGGGGUUAUCGCAUAAGCACGCCCUUGCCUCCCCGUUACUUACAGGCGCAGCACAUAUUGCAACCACUGACAGACAAUGGCAAUCUCGCCAAGUACCACGACAUUUACGAUGUCUCACUAGAAGAGCUUACCGAAGCCGAGACCGCCUUGGCUGAACGGGAGACAGAAGACCAAUACUCAUUACGUGCGCUUCGCACCCUUUUCGGAAGGCUAUACAACGUGAGAAAGAGCAUUCUUUGCUGUCUCCUAGCCCUGGGUGCCGACGGUGGCGGAUCCGACAUCGUCAGAUGGAGCACGGCUAUUGAGCAGAUGCGGGAUCUUACUCAAGUCACGGGAGCGAAUACCCGCAAGAUGGCCAGCAUUCUCAGUGAAGAUGACCGUGACGUGAUUCCUCCUUCGCCGCUGCCUACAGCCUCUCCUAACAGGGAGAAUCUCCGUACUCAAUAUCGAAAGCUCAAUACACUUACUCAAGGCAUUCGCGCCCUUCACGCAAAAAUGCAUCUGAUCAGAGAGCUGUCCACUGCCUCAGAGCCUACCGACACGGAAGAACUCGAAGCAACUAUUCUUGCCCAAUACGAAUCAAUCGGAACGGACAUAAGAGGCCUACUUCACGAAUGGGAGGCUGGAAAAGCUGCUCUGAUGAGUAGCAUCGACAAGCGAUCCUCGGUAGAUCAUAUGUCGCGCCCGCCCAGCGGGUUGAAGCUGCCAUUGUCCCCGACACCCAGCCUUGGCGGUGCCACCGCGGUAGAGGGAAGCCCAGCAGAUGCGCUCCGGGCGCUGAAUGGCGAUAUCAAGCCAGACCCUAGCAUUAUCCAGAGUGUCGACGAAGAUGAGGAGAUAUUCGAAUCCAUAGUUCUCCCGUCCCGCAAUAAAAGGGUGUCUCUGACCAGGGAAGAGCGCAUUGCCCGUGUCAAGGAAGACCGGGCGAAACAGGCUGCUGCACGCGAACGAGCGGACGCGAACACCAGCAUGCUGAAAGAGCUCGAAAUGGUCAUCAAGCAAAGACCUCGAACGACAGCUUCAAAGAGGGUCACGAGUAUCUAA